CCUUUUGUCUCUAUAGCUUUGCAAUGAGUGCUUUGGUGUUUCAGCCCUAUCAGUUGUCAAGGUGCACUCGACUAAAUUGUCCAGAUUCAACUACAGUGCAUGACAUCCAACGUUACUAUGGACUCUCCACAUGACACCUUCCUAACUGCAAGUCUGUCAGGUUAAGAUCACAGUCUGAAAGUACUGAUCUCAUUAUUGACCACAUGUUCCCCUCUGUCUCCUCCCACAGUGAUGCUCAACACCUUCCUCACUGCAAGUCCCUCAAGAUAAGAUGACCUUCAGAAAGAAUAGCCCCACAAAACAAAUACUAUCUACCCUGUUGACUGUCCCUCUGUCUCCCCACACAGUGACGUGUCCCAUGAACGAGGUCCUCACAGCCUCCACGGGCGUCAUCAUGAGCCAGUCCCCCGGUAGCGGCUUCCCCCACUUUGAGUCCUGCUCCUGGGUGGUCAAGGUAGAGCCGGGCUACAACAUCACGUUCACCAUACAACACUUCCAGACCAGCCGGCAGUUUGACCAAUUGGAGAUCUUUGAUGGUCCGUCCAGACAGAGUCCUCUCCUGGUCACUCUGAGUGGAAACUACUCCUCUCCUCUCAGCAUCACCAGCUCUAACAACAAGGUCUACCUCCACUGGUCCUUCGACCACACCACCAGCCACAAAGGCUUUCGCAUACAAUACUCAGGUGAGUCCAGGAAGAGUGUGUGUGUGUGGAACAGGUGGUCUCAUGUUUAAACUCGACGUGAGUUGUUAUUCCGUCUGUCUUUCCCUCCUAAAGAUGAAGGAUGUGUUGAUAUAAGGAC